CUCCGCCUCACGCACCCCCAGGCCCACCCCCAUCCGGGACCCCCGCCGCCCCUGGGCGGGCCGGCCGGUGGGCGCUAUGAGCCAGGUGCUGGCCAAGUCUCAGCCGCAGGACGGAGACGACGACGACGAGGAGGAGGAUGAGCUGGUGGGGCUAGCGGACUACGGGGACGGGCCCGAGUCCUCGGACGCCGACCCGGACAGCGGGACGGAGGAAGGAGUUCUGGACUUCAGCGACCCAUUCAGCUCGGAGGUGAAGCCCAGGAUCCUGUUGAUGGGCUUGAGGCGGAGCGGCAAGUCGUCCAUUCAGAAAGUCGUCUUCCACAAGAUGUCGCCCAAUGAGACGCUCUUCCUGGAAAGCACCAACAAGAUCUGCCGGGAGGACGUCUCCAACAGCUCCUUCGUCAACUUUCAGAUUUGGGAUUUCCCCGGGCAGAUCGACUUCUUCGACCCCACCUUUGACUACGAGAUGAUAUUCCGGGGCACAGGAGCCCUCAUCUUCGUCAUCGACUCCCAGGACGACUACAUGGAAGCCCUGGCCAGGCUGCACCUCACAGUGACCAGGGCCUACAAGGUGAACACCGACAUCAACUUCGAGGUGUUCAUUCAUAAAGUGGAUGGCCUGUCAGAUGACCACAAAAUUGAAACCCAGAGAGAUAUUCACCAGAGAGCAAAUGAUGACCUGGCCGAUGCCGGAUUGGAGAAAAUUCACCUCAGCUUCUAUCUGACAAGCAUAUACGAUCAUUCAAUAUUUGAAGCUUUUAGCAAAGUGGUGCAGAAAUUGAUUCCACAGCUCCCGACUCUGGAGAAUUUGCUAAACAUCUUUAUCUCCAAUUCGGGGAUUGAAAAGGCAUUUCUAUUCGAUGUGGUCAGCAAAAUCUAUAUCGCAACUGACAGUACUCCGGUGGAUAUGCAAACCUAUGAACUCUGCUGUGAUAUGAUAGAUGUGGUUAUUGACAUUUCUUGUAUUUAUGGUCUCAAGGACGAUGGAGCAGGCACCCCCUAUGACAAGGAGUCCACAGCUAUCAUCAAGCUAAACAAUACGACUGUGCUGUAUUUGAAAGAGGUGACCAAGUUCCUGGCUCUCGUCUGCUUUGUUAGAGAGGAAAGCUUUGAACGAAAAGGACUCAUUGACUAUAAUUUUCAUUGCUUCCGGAAGGCCAUCCAUGAGGUUUUUGAGGUCAGAAUGAAAGUGGUGAAAUCUCGGAAGGCUCAGAGUCGGCUGCAGAAGAAGAAAGGCGCCACCCCUAAUGGCACGCCCCGGGUCCUGCUGUAGGGGCCACCUCCAGAGCAGCUGUCGGACUGACCCUCGACCCUGUGCGAGGCUGCUGCGCUGAUCCGCCACAGCAGAGGACACCGUGACACGUGACAUGGACAUGCUGUUAAAAAAAAGAAAGAAAUACCACCCUGCAACCCUCUCGAUCUUCUUUUUUAAAUAAAGUAAGCACUUUGGAGCAAAAACUUGCAUAUCAACAAUGAAGUGAAAUCCACUGUACUUUCGUUACACAAAUGUAAACUUUUAUGAUCUCUAAUCAUAAAAAUCCAAGUGAGAACUCCUGGGAACUGUA